AACGUUAUGAGAUGACGGGCCUCAUUCCAAGCAAAUGGUGUCCCUGGAUCAUUGCAAUGCUUGGCUUGGUCCAAGACUUGCAGCUGACGGAAGGGAAGGAAGCAAGGGGUAAUCCUCUCAAUUUCCCUCCCCGUCACGUCCCGACGAACAUGAAGUUCUGCUUCUUCAAUGUGACCAAUCCCCAGGGAUUUGCGGACGGAAAUGGAUCCCUAAACUUGGUGGAAAUCGGUCCAUACAUGUUUCGAGAGGUCAUAGAAAUGAAUGGGCCCGAGAUAUUUGAAAACGGGACGGUGGAAUAUUAUGAGAAGAAGACUUUCUCCUUCGUGAGAGAAGAGUCGGUCGGGGAUCAGAGCGAGUUGAUGACCACCAUCAACGCUCCAGUACUCUCUUCCAUUGGGGAAUUCCUGGCUUCGACGCUGGCUGUGACAUGA